UCACAGGAACUUUUCACAAAAGUCAAACAGUUAAAGCAAAUUCUAGAGAUAUGGACCAGGAAAAAAUGUGAAUUGUUUUCUUAUAAUUAAGGAGACCAGUGGAGAAACUGUGCUUCUAGAUUCCUUGCUUCAAGUUUCUCAAAAGGAAAAAUGAGUAAGAGAGAGAUAAGCGUGUGUCAACAAACCUGGGCCUUACUAUGCAAGAACUUUCUUAAAAAAUGGAGAAUGAAAAGGGAGCCCUUACUGGAAUGGUUGAACUCGUUGCUCCUACUACUUUGUUUGUACCUAUACCCUAAUAAUCAUCAACUUAAUGACUUUUCUUCACUGCCUACCAUGGACCUGGGACGGGUAGAUUCAUUUAACGAAUCUAAAUUUGCUAUUGCAUACACACCUGUCACCAACACAACCCAACAGAUAAUGAAUAAAGUAGCUUCAGCCUCCUUCAUGAAAGACAGAGAAGUCUUGGGACUGCCUGAUGAAGAAAGUAUCAAAGAAUUAACAGCAAAUUAUCCUGAGGAAAUAGUAAGAGUCAUCUUUACUAACACAUUCUCAUAUCAUUUGAAAUUCUUGCUGGGACACAGAAUACCAACAAAGAAGGAACACAGGGACCAUACAGCUCAUUGUUAUGAAACGAUUGAAGAUAUUGACUGUGAAGUUUCAGAAUUCUGGAAGAAAGGUUUCGUGGCUCUUCAAGCUGCCAUUAAUGCUGCUAUUAUAGAAAUCACAACAAAUCACUCAGUGAUGGAGAAACUGAUGUCAGUUACUGGAAAAAAUAUGAAGAUAUAUCCCUUCGUUAGUCAAGGAGGAGUCUUUACGGAUUUCUUUGUUUUCUUCUGCAUUAUUUCCUUUUCCCCGUUUACUUACUAUGCAUCUGUUAAUGUUACAAGAGAGAGGAAAAGGAUGAAGCGCAUGAUGACAAUGAUGGGUCUUCGAGAUUCAGCAUUCUGGCUCUCCUGGGGUUUGCUCUAUGCUAGUUUCAUCUUCAUCAUGGCCUUUUUCUUGACGCUCGUUAUAAAAUCUGUCCAGUUUGUCAUCCUGACUGGCGUCAUGGUGGUCUUCACCCUCUUUCUGCUCUAUGGAUUGUCUUUGAUAGCUUUGGCUUUUCUAAUGAGCGUCUUGAUAAAGAAAUCUUUCCUCACUGGCCUGGUCGUAUUCCUUCUCACUGUCUUUUGGGGGAGUCUGGGAUUCAUGGCAUUGUACAGGAACCUCCCUGCCUCCUUGGAGUGGAUGUUAAGUCUUUUUAGUCCCUUUGCCUUCACGCUUGGAAUGUCCCAGCUUUUACACUUGGACUAUGAUUUGAAUUCUAAUGCAUUUCCUGAUCCAUCAGACUUAUCAAAUCUAAUAAUAGCAACAAAUUUCAUGUUGGCUGUUGAUAUUUUCCUCUAUCUGGCAUUGACGAUGUAUUUUGACAAAAUUUUGCCAAAUGAAUAUGGACAUCGAUAUUCACCCCUGUUUUUCCUGAAGUCCUCCUUUUGGUCCCGACAACAAAAAGCUGAUCAUGUGGCUCUCGAAGAUGAAAUAGAUUCUGAUCCUUCAUCUAAUGACUCUUUUGAACCAAUGUCUCCAGAAUUCCAUGGGAAAGAAGCCAUCAGAAUAAGAAAUGUUACUAAAGAAUAUAAAAGAAAGUCUGAUAAAAUAGAAGCUUUGAAAGACCUGGUAUUUGACAUAUAUGAAGGCCAAAUCACUGCCAUACUUGGUCACAGUGGAGCUGGAAAGUCAACACUGCUAAACAUUCUUAGUGGUUUAUCUGUUCCCACCAAAGGUUCAGUCACCAUCUAUAAUAAUAGACAUUCAGAAAUGGCUGACCUAGAAAAUAUUAGCAAGCUCACUGGAGUUUGUCCACAAUCCAACCUGCAAUUUGAUUUCCUCACCGUGAGAGAAAAUCUCAGGCUGUUUGCUAAAAUAAAGGGGAUUCAGCCACGUGAACUGAAUAAAGAGAUACAAAGAGUUUUGCUGGAAUUGGAAAUGCAAAAUAUUCAGAACAUCCUUGCUCAAAACUUAAGUGGUGGACAGAAAAGAAAACUAACCUUUGGGAUUGCCAUUUUAGGAGAUCCUCAGAUUUUCCUGUUGGAUGAACCAACUGCUGGAUUGGAUCCCUUUUCAAGGCACCAAGUUUGGAACCUCCUGAAGGAGCGGAAAACGGACCGUGUGAUCCUCUUCAGUACCCAGUUCAUGGAUGAGGCUGACAUCUUGGCUGAUAGGAAAGUGUUUCUCUCCAGAGGGAAACUGAAGUGUGCAGGCUCUUCUCUGUUUCUAAAGAAGAAAUGGGGGAUUGGAUACCACUUAAGCUUGCAGUUGAAUGAAAUCUGCAUUCAGGAAAAUAUAACAUCACUUGUUAAACAGCACAUCCCUGAUGCCAAAUUAUCAGCAGAAAGUGAAGGAAAGCUUGUUUAUACAUUGCCCUUAGAAAGAACAAAUAAAUUUCCAGAACUUUGUCAACAUCUUGAUAGUUGUCUUGGCCUGGGAAUUGAGAAUUACGGUGUUUCCAUGACAACCUUAAAUGAGGUGUUCCUGAAACUAGAAGGAAAAUCAACUAUAGAUGAAUCAGAUAUUGCUGUUUUGGGAGAAGUACAAGCAGAAAGAGCUGGAGACACAGAAAGGCUUGUUGAGAUGGAACAAGUUCUCUCUUCACUUAAUGAGUUGAGAACGACACUCGAGGGCAUGGCUCUCUGGAGACAGCAAAUCUGCACAAUUGCAAGGGUUCGCUUGUUAAAGUUAAAGCAUGAAAGAAAAGCUCUUUUAUCACUGCUAUUGAUUCUAGGAGUCGGAUUUUGCCCUCUUCUUUUGGAGUAUAUCGUCAUGAAAAUAUAUCAAAACAGUUACACGUGGGAACUUUCUCCUCAUUUAUACUUCCUUGCUCCUGGACAACAACCCCAUGCUCCUCUCUCUCAAUUAUUAAUCAUCAAUAAAACAGGGGCAAGCAUUGAUGACUUUAUACAUCCUGUGGAGCAUCAGAACAUAGCUUUGGAAGUGGAUACAUUUGGAACUAGAAAUGGCACAGAUGACCCAUCUUAUAAUGGAGCCAUCACUGUGUCUGGUAAUGAAAAGAAUUACAGCUUUUCAUUAGCAUGCAAUACCAAAAGACUGAAUUGCUUCCCAGUUCUUAUGGAUAUUGUUAGCAAUGCGCUACUUGGAAUGGUUAAUCCGUCAGCGCAUAUCCAAACUGACAGAAGUACAUUUUGGGAGGACGACCAGGUUAAUCCACUUGAAUUCCUGGGACAUACCAUUUUCUGGUUGGUUUUGUCAUCCUGUUGUGCUCCUUAUAUUGCCAUGAGCAGCAUUGAUGAUUAUAAGAGCAAAGCUUGGUCCCAGCUACGGAUUUCGGGGCUCUUCCCUUCUGCUUACUGGUUUGGACAGGCGCUGGUGGAUGUUCCAAUGUACUGCUUGUUCUUCCUUUUUAUGUAUUUAAUGGACUAUGCCUUAAACCUCCAAGAGACUAUAUUUAAAUUUGUAAAUCGGAUUAUACAAAUCCCGUGUGCUGUUGGUUAUGCCACGUCUCUUAUCUUCUUGACAUAUGUGAUUUCAUUCAUUUUCCGCAAGGGGAGAAAAAAUAGUGGCAUUUGGUCUUUUUGCUUCUAUAUUAUCACCGUCUUCUCUGUGGCUGGAUUACUGUUGGAUAACUAUGGACAUGUUGCACUGUAUAGCAUCACCUUUUUAAUACCACAAGCCACAUUAAUCGGCUGUGUGUUCUUAUCUUUUCACCUUUUUGUGCUUUCUUUCUUUAGUGAAGAACCAAGAGGUGUAGAGCCCUUUCUGGUAUUCCUAAUUCCUUUCCUUCAUUUUAUCAUCUUUCUUCUCAUUCUUCGAUGCCUGGAAUGGAAGUUUGGAAAGAAAACAAUGAGAGAGGAUCCCUUCUUUAGAAUUUCUCCAAGAAGUAGCAAAGUGCAUCAAAAUCCAGAAGAGCCAGAAGGGGAGGAUGAAGAUGUUCAGAUGGAAAGAGAGAGAACAGCAAAUGCUUUGACUUCCACAAACUUUGACGAGAAACCAGUCAUUCUUGCCAGCUGUCUACGUAAGGAGUAUGCAGGGAAGAGGAAACGCUGCUUUUCCAAGAGCAAGAAGAAAAUAGCCACAAAAAAUGUCUCUUUCUGUGUUAGAAAAGGUGAGGUUUUAGGAUUAUUAGGACACAAUGGAGCUGGUAAAAGUACGUCCAUUAAAGUGAUAACUGGAGACACAAAACCAACCGCCGGACAGGUGCUACUGAAAGGGAGCAGCGGAGGGGACGCCCUCGGGUUCCUGGGGUACUGUCCUCAGGAGAACGCGCUGUGGCCCAACCUGACGGUGAAGGAGCAUCUGGAGGUGUUCGCCGCCGUGAAAGGCCUGAGGAGACGGGACGCCGCAGUCGCCAUCACAGGGUUGGUGGACGCGCUCAAGCUCCAGGACCAGCUGAAGCUUCCGGCGAAGGCCCUAUCGGAGGGAAUAAAGAGGAAGCUGUGCUUUGCGCUGAGCAUCCUGGGAAACCCCUCGGUGGUGCUUCUGGACGAGCCGUCCACGGGGAUGGACCCCGAGGGGCAGCAGCAAAUGUGGCAGGCGAUCCGGGCCACCUUUAGAAACACGGAGAGGGGUGCCCUCUUGACCACCCAUUACAUGGCAGAGGCUGAGGCCGUGUGUGACCGUGUGGCCAUCAUGGUGUCUGGAAGGCUGAGAUGUAUCGGUUCCAUCCAACACCUGAAAAGCAAAUUUGGCAAGGAUUACCUACUGGAGAUGAAGGUGAAGACCCCCGAGCAAGGGGAGACCCUCCAUAGCGAAAUUCUGAGGCUCUUCCCCCAGGCGGCUCGGCAGGAAAGGUACUCGUCUCUGAUGGUCUAUAAGUUGCCAGUGGAAGACGUACGACCUUUGGCCCAAGCUUUCCUCAAAUUAGAGAGGGUUAAACAGAGCUUCCACCUGGAGGACUACAGCCUCUCGCAGUCCACUCUGGAGCAGGUUUUCCUGGAGCUGUCCAAGGACCAGGAGCUGGAGGACUUUGAUGAGCAACUUCCCCGCUCAGUGAAGUGGAAGCUCCUCAUGCAGGAAGAGGCUUAAGGCUCAAAAUACCCUAUGUUUCCAUUCAAGCUUGUGGUUGUUUUUUAAGACAUUUAUUUUUAUAGCAUCAAUGUUGUAUUUUUAGGAACUAUAUUGUAAAUACUGACAUGGUUCUUCAUGUGGUGGAGAGAAGGAGCGAGUCUUGGGCAAAUGCAGUGACAGCAUGGACAGAGACACUUGGCUGAGUCCAUCUCUUGGUCGCAACUUCCAUAUCUCUGGACAUCACCCUGAUUCCAUUUUUCUGUAAAAUGGAGAAUAAAUAAAUUUACUUUUAUAAGAUUGUUUCAUUUUCUGAGUAUGACAAACAAAUUUUGUUUUUUAUCAAAACCUUAAAAUAUUUUUUCUAACCCAGACUAAGAAGUCUAUAUAUUUACUCUUCUGCAAAUCUCAUACUUUGUAAAGCUGAUAUUUUAACAAGAAUUUAAGUGACCAUGUCCAAAAAUAUUAUACUCUUUGAAAUAGUAUUUUCUUAUGGCUAAAAACAUUAAAACAUCAUUGGCCAUAAUAUCUAAUAUCAAUGUAUUUGAUAACAUAUCCACUGGUAACAUUAUCAAUAAUACAGACAUAGUCUGGAAAACUAAAAACUUGCUAUUAGAAAUUUAUUGUACUAUUUUUAUUUCUGUAAACCAACAGAGUUCCAUUUUCAUUGUAUUUAAAUCUAGGCUUUAGAGAUGCCUGUACUGUAACUGAUCUUUUGUGGAUAUUUGCCACUUAGUCUCAGAAAGUUGACAAUGUGGUAACAGGUCAAAUGACCAAGUUGGUGGAAAAUGCACAAUAAAUCUCAUAUGUGUACUUUUGAAA